GUCCAAACUUUAUUGUUUGCAAAGUAACUCGUGGUAUUAUAACUAAUUUCCACCAUACUCUUUUCUUAGAGAUUGAUGAAGGCGAUUUGGAUAAAAUGGCAAAGUGUAAUGACACUGAAGUAGAAGUUUCAUUUCGAAUAACCAUUUAAGGAUAUGUGUAUAACCGUUCAGGCCGCCUUUCUAUCAUGGUUAUAUUCCGAAGGAUCUCCAGAAGAAGAGCUUCGUAAGGAAAGACAGAAGGAGACUAUUUGUGUUUUUAAAGAAGCCUUAGUGGUGAAGCCUGAAGAAGAGGCUGAUUUUCGUCGUGCUGCAAUUAAGGACGUACUUGUCGAAGAAACCAAUGCUAGAGCUAACAUUGACAGCCGCAAGAGUAUUUUCCAAGUCACUGGCCAAUGUGAAUCGUGGAGUGGGUUUGAAGUUUUACGUGGAUGGAACUUUUCAGGAGACGGAUUCUUGAGAAAGGUGUACAAGUUUAGGGUUGAGUUACUUUGUCAAUUCUUCCCAUUUUUCAAGCAAGUACUCAGCGACAAGAGACCAGGCGAUCUGGUUGUGAUGAAGCUUUAUAUUCCGGAAGUUGUUUCGAAGGCGUAAGGUUUGGGAGAAGCAUUAAUUGACCUGGAAGUUAUUUGUAUACAGAGUUUUCUUAGAGAAGCCAAUUGUUAUGAGCUGAUUGCCAAACACAAUUCAGAAGUUGUUGACGAGCAGGAUAAGAUGCACACGCCUACGAUGUAUUAUAUGGAGGGUUUCGUAUGGCGGUCAAGGAACAGAAACCCAUUGAAGGGUACUAUUUAUUGUUAUCGUACGUUGAAGGAUCAGAAACCGAGCUUUCAGAAGCCGUGAUUGAAAAGGGAUGCAGACAAAUAGAAAUGAUGGGGGGUAUAGACGACGUUGGUAUGAAACUUUGCAAGGUUAUUAAUGAUAAUUUUAUAUAUUUAA